AUGUACGUCCAGCCACCCCACAGCACGCGCCACCCGUCCUCCCGUUCCCGCGCCCCGUUCCCGCGCCCCCCUCCCGCCUCUCCUGGCCCACCUCGACCCCCUCGACCCCCUCGAUUUGUGCCCGCCUCUGCCCCCUCCCCUCCCCCGCCCGCCCCCCAUUUUCCCCCCUCUCCCCCCGCCCCGCCACGGCCCUCCACGCCCACCGCGCCCCUCCCUCCCACAGUGCCCGGGGGCCCGCCCCGGACGCCCUCGGAACGCGCGCGCGACCCAGCCACUACCAAUUCGCCGCUCCUCCUCGCCAAAGAUCUCCCCCGCGCUGUCGCCCAGCGAACGCCCCCGUCGCCCUCGCUCACACACACCCACGCCCCUCCGAAGCAGCCCCGCCCACACCCAUCAGGCCCAGGCCCGCCGAGCCCCCACCCCCGCGCGCCCCUCCCUUUGCCUUCCCUCGGCUCGCGCACGGCCCAGCACCGCUUUCCUGCAACAUCUUUGCUGCACCCGCCCGCCGAACGACAUGUCUCCUCCGGUGCCUCAUCCCUCCCGCACGUGUCAUCCCCAACCCUACCCCUCACGUAUCGUCCCUCCUGCCUCAGCACGACAAUCAACAACGUAUCCCCAAGCGCCUUCGACGCCACGCCCGUUUUGCCUUUUAGGCCUCCACGCCAUCAUAUCUCCACCCAUCGCAUCGCGUUGCCAUCCGCGACACCGCGAUACAUAGCACAUAGAAACAGUUCAGGAAACACCCAUGGCCACCGCCCGCCGGCCUUCUCACUGACUUACACCAGCUUACAUGUCCCCCUCGCUCGUGGCGUAAUACCACAUACCCUCUCGGUCACCAGACCCCAGCCACCCCGCCUCUUGCCCCCUCCGAGGACGUCCCUCGCCGCCUGCCCCCUCGCGUCGGCUGCACGCUCGACUGAAACAAACCCCGCCCAGCGCACAUGCCCGCGCCGCUCGUCGCCGUCGCCGUCGCCGUCGCCGCGCAGGCCUCGGCGUUUCGGCUCUUGCUCUGAGCUCUCACUCCGGAGCACCAGGCCUGGGCGUGCUUGUCUGCGCUCUGUCUCGCGGCAGAAUCGCGACGGCCGGCGUGCACCGCGCGCGCACGCUAUGCGCUACAGUAGCACCUGUUGCACGUGUAUGCAUGUAUGUAUGUAUAUACCACAGCAAUAUCUACACUACUUCGUCGCGCCGACGCUCGACGCAUGCGAACAUUUCUUUACCGCUCCCCGAGUCCACCCCACUCACCCCACGGCGUCGCGCAAAGCGAACCCGCGCGCACAGAUACACAUACGCCCCAUAUCCAUAUUCGCAUCCCCUGGCAAACCCACAUCCCCGUCAUCCGCCACCCAUCACACAACCCGACAAGCACCACGCCCACGCCCACGCCAACCCAACCCAUUCGCCCCACCCGCCCCGAGGCCAACCCGUGACCCCGUCCCCUCGUCCCCUCUCUCAUCGGCACAGAACAGCACACGAUGCGAUCAGCGCCAACCCAAGCACGCUCGCACGAGUCCAGCAUUCCAGCCCGGGACGGCUACACCGGGCUCGCCUGAGGGUCGCAGGACACACAAACCGUGCUCGACGGCCGUCCAAGACGACGAUGACGACCCCAACGCCCCCAGCGCCGAGCAGGCCAGCUGA